AUGAGUAACACCGAGAUUCAAGUACGAAUAGACCCCAUUCCCGACGAAGACGACCGCAACGUCACCAGAAGAUCGAAAAAGUCGCGCUCCAAGCAUUCCAAGAAUAGAUUGAGCAAGAUUCCAUCGCAAAUUUGCAAAGUCCUGCGAAAAGGAUCGAGGUCUGAAGAUACCGAGCCAGUUUCCUGUGCUUAUAAACUAGCUGGGUGUUCUUUUACUGAUGUUGCAAGCAAAGUAAACUCGCAUGAACGGGAAUGCUCCUUCUCCAAGAUAAAAACAAAAGAUUUCCACAAUAUUUUGCAGGACCGCCUCAAAGAGGAGAAUACAAGAGUCAAGCUGCUAGAGAACGUCUACCCAUAUCUAAGUUACAAUGAUGCCGAGUUUACAGAUCUUUAUCUGACAAAAGAUGAAGACCAGGACGAAGACGCACCCUUCGUUUUCACAUCGCAGACAUUUGAUUCUCUCAAAAUGAGCUGGAGAGUUAUUGUUCAAAUCGAAGAUGUUCCCGAUGAAGCUGAGAACGCAAACGUUUCAAGAAAACAUGGAACGUUUUUCUUGUAUCAGUCCGGCUCUUCUGCGUUUUAUAAUGGACGAAAUCCCUCUCACAACAAAAUCGUCUUUCUUCUCACUGAUAGCGAGUGCACUAGCCAUAAUCCUGAGCCAAAAGCCUUCCACCAUGAAUUCUCCCAAACUCACAAGGAGUCAAAACACAUCACACUUCCUAUGGCACAAGCUGUCGUCGACGACUUGAGCGAACGCCAUGCCUUCCAGAUGCGAGUUUGGCUUUUCAAAAAAUAA